UGGGACUGAACCGGGGUCCGGAGGAAGUACACAUAGUUGUGUCCCUGUAUUACCGGGGAGUGUUGCUAAAGUGCGAGCCAACGAGUCAUCCAGCGAGGCACGCAAUUAUUCAUGCGAGCCAUGACGAUUUUUACAACGAUUCUGAUGAUGCUGAAAUAAAUUUGUGUGAUCAUUUUUGGUUUGAUUGAAUCCUGCAAAUUGCCAAAAUGUCAAGUGAUGAAGACGCUGAUUACUGUUUCGGACAAAGGGAGCCGCCUUUGGUAGAAUAUGUGAAACAAAUUCUUCGAAAUUACACGGAGGGUCAAUUACUAAAGGAGUUGACACAGAAUGCAGAUGAUGCUGGCGCCACCACUGUAAGGUUUUUGUACGACGGCCGACAGCACGGUACAGAGAACCUAUAUUGUGGAAAAGGGAUUGGUGAUUUGUCACCAUACCAAGGACCAGCUUUGUGUUCAUUCAAUGAUGCAACCUUUAUGGAUAAGGAUUGGACAAGCAUUCAGAAUUUAUCAAGAUCUGAGAAGAAGGACGAUCCAACAAAAGUGGGUCGCUUUGGGAUGGGAUUUGUGUCCGUUUAUCACGUGACAGAUGUGCCUAGCAUUUUGAGCGGAAAUUACCUUGCAUUAAUGGAUCCUACCGAGACAUUGUUUACUUACAAGGGGAAAGCCCGUCGAGGGCGCCAACUAGACAUACACAAAAGGGCAAGUAUUUUUAAGGAUCCUAAAUUCACUGACCAAUUUCAACCAUACAAGAACUUAUUUAGCAAUCAACCGGGCCUGAUUGAAGGGCAUUCUUUUAUGGGAGCGAUGUUUCGGUUCCCACUCCGAAGAAAACCAUCACUUGUGUCAGAUAAUAUGGUAAAUGGAGAUGACGUGAAAAGGCUCUUCAAAUUAUUUGUUGAUGAUGCGAAAAUACUCCUAUUGUUCUUAAAAACUAUAAACAGUAUAACGGUAGGAGAAAAGCUUACUGAAACAGAAGUGCCUUUAUUUUCUGCUAACAUUUCUUGCAGAACUAAAGACAUAGUCCAGAAAUCAAGAAAAGACAUAAUAACAGCAAUUAAGAGUAGUAAACCGCUGCACAGUAAUGAUUACGCAUCAUUUUCGACAAUAUUUCCAAUGCAUAUUGAAAUUGUUGAAAAUCAUUUAAAACCAGAGGAACACAAGUGGCUAAUUAGCAUUUAUUUGGAGGGAUCAGACAAUCCAUCCAAAUUACUUACACUGGCAAAAAAACUUGAUCGAUUGCCAUUGGUAGGUGUUGCUAUGCAGGCGUUUAGUGCAAAAAAUUGCAUUGAGGCAUCAUCACCGCUUGAAGGUAGAACUUGUUGCUUUCUCCCGCUUCCACCGUCUGAAAAUUAUAGCGGGUUACCUGUACAUGUAAAUGCCGAUUUUGGUAUUAGUGAUGAUCGACGCACAAUCAAGUGGCCAGUUAAAGAUCGUAAUGACAAAAUGUCAAAAUGGAACACUUUGCUCCUUCAGCAACUUUUUCCAAAAGCGUACACUCAACUUAUACUUCAUGCAAUAGAGCAGUACAGUACAGGAGAGGUUUCUGUCGAUUGCAUCUACAAGACAUGGCCUGAUGUGAACAAAGUGGAAUUCCCCUGGAAGGAGUUAAUGUGUCCUAAUUUUUUCAAUAUACUACUUGAAAAAGAUGUGUUCUUUAGUGAAAUUGGAGGCGGUAAGUGGAUAAAUAUAGAUGAGGCAAUAUUUGACCAUUUUGAGGACAUUCCAAAGGGAACUCAACAGCUUAUUGUGAGACUUCUUCUAGAAAACAAUGUACCGAUUGUCUCCACAAGAGACUAUCCACACGUGAUGAAUGCUGUUUUGUGGCACUGUACUGAGCACGAAAUGAACAGUGUCACACCUAGUCGCGUUCGGGAUACCCUACGGAAUGUUUCAUUAUGCAGCCUAGCACGCAGAGAGAAGAUCUGUUUACUGACAUAUUUACUAGCUGACAAUGACUUUGAUGACCUUCAUGGUUUUGAACUGCUUCCACUUGCAGAUAGUUCGUUUUGUAGAUUUGCAUCUAAAACUCUCACAGACGACGAAGUGGUUUAUUUCUCUGUAUUACAUGAGUGCUCAAUGGACUUAUUACCAGGCCUUCGCAGCAGAUUCCUUGAUGAAAAUAUUGAGAAAUCACUAAAGGAUAAGAUUAUUCGUGGAAGCCAAAUGACAGGAAUUAAUCAAGUUCAACAGUUGAAACCAAACAUGAUUGCAACUUUAAUCAGAGAUGCAUUACCAUCUGAUUGGUCGAAAUCAGCCGAGGUUAUGUGGUAUCCAGGCCAUCCUGAUCACCCUCCACGAUGCUGGCUCAAGAAAUUCUGGAGCUUCUUACAAGAAGUUUCCAAAAAUGAUAUUAGUAAAUAUGAGGGGAUUACCCUGAUCCCGACAAGAUUUAGUGAAGACCAAACUGAGGUCAAAUUAAUUCAACUUGUCCGUAAGUCUAAUAUUGUAGUUAUCGAUGGCCAUCAAGAUGUUGAGACUAGACUGGUUGAGGCCAUACUGCCUUCACUGCAUUUGAUUACAGUGAAUCUUGAAAAUGCAGAAUUUGUAAAAUUUUUUCGACAAGACAUUUGGAAGACCUACUUACACAGUUUAGAACCUAAUGAUAUCUUGCGGAUUUUUGCCGAAGCUGGUACUGACGAAAGUCUUCAGAAUGAUGUAAAGAGCCUUCCUCCAGAAGAUGUACAACUAUUUCGAAGAUUCUUGGGAAAUAUUCAAAGCCUGAAAGAUGAUAGACAACGAAAUGUGUUACUUAGAAUUCCUGUUUUCGAAGAAGCAACUCAUGUCCUUGAUUAUAACUACAGCAUCUUUCAGUCUGCGGUUGUCAACGAUAAAGAGCUAAGAAUAGUGAAUAAAGAAGAACUUCCAGAUUUUCCAACAGAAGAGAUAUUUCUUGACAUAUUGGAUACAGAUUCCAAUAAUUUAGCUUCUAAAUUGGGCCUUCAAACAUGCCCGCGAGAGGAGGUUCUGUGCCAAAUGGUUCGAUGUUUGUCAAAUGAAGAUGGCAAUGUAACUUCACUAAUUAUCUGGAUAAUGGAUAGGUGGGAUGAAUUUAAGCCAUCGAGGAGGAAAAUUAUCAUAGAUACAAUUAAAAAAGAACCAUUUGUUCCUUUACCUGACGGGAGCCAUAGAAGACCAUCAGAAUGUUUUGAUCCGUCAGAUGAACUUCUGGCACAGUUAUUUAGCGAAUGCUUGGAUGUCUUUCCUACCUCACCAUUUGGUAUUAAAUAUCGAAGUAUCCUACUUCAACUAGGAUUGAAAACACGUUCUAAAUUGACGAAACAUGACGUACAACGAUGUGCAGAAGAUGUCACCUCAAAUUCAAAUGUUAAAAAAGGCAAAGCUUUAUUGAAACUGUUGAAUGAAAAUUUAAAUUUCCUUACUUACUCCACGCUUCUUGAUUACCUUCUAAACAACCGAUGGGUUCCUGUUGAGGAUGAAAUUGACCAGCAAAUAUAUCCAUCUGAAUUGCCUCGAUUCUACGGAUGUGAGAGUCUAUUGAAACCGAAUGAGGCGACGUCUGUCUCCCUUGCACCCUUAGUAGGCUCAACUAUGCCUCUUGUUUCAAAUAAAUACCCAAAAUUAUCUAAUAGAUUCAACUGGGAGGCACACCCUCAAUCAGAUAAGAUAUACAACCACCUACAGAAUAUAGUAGACUUUGUAUCUUCUUGCCAGAAAAACAUUGAUAAUAAAUUAGAUAUACCUAGUCUUGAGAAAACACUUCAUAGUGUGUACAAAUUCAUGCAAAAUAACAUGGAGGAUUUUGCACAAUUCAAAGAACGUGAUGAUAAAUGGGUAUGGACCGGAAUGUGCUUUGUGGCGCCAUCACAGAUUUCCCUUAAGAAAACAAGACACAGCUUUGAACCAUACUCUUUUGUACUUCAACCACGUUUCAGUAAGUACAAACAUUUGUUUAGAGCUUUUGGAGCUAUAGAGAAAGUUGAUGAGAAGAUGGAUCCAAUGCUGGAACUACUAGAGGAAAUAAAGCAAUUUCACGAAACACCUGGAAAUACAGAUGUCACAUCUGAACGCAUUGAACAUGAUAGAGAUCUUGCGAUAUAUGUCAUCGAAGGCAUUAUAGACAUUAACAAAGGAAAGGUGACUGAUGAAAUAAGAGAUCGAAUUUUCCUUCCUCUGCAAAACAGUGACUGCCUUCAGUUUGCCUCAUGUAAUGAUGUGUGUUAUCCCAAUGAGGAAUGGCUCGAGUUUGAUGAGUUUGAAGACAUUAAGCUCGUGCACGAGAAAGUUUCUCGUAAAAUUUACCUUUGCCUAGAUGUGAUGCCUCUUGGUCAAAAGAUCAGCGGGGCGAUGUCUUUACUUGGAUUUCAACAAGCUGGCCAAAAAGAGGAUCUUACUCUGAAAUUGAGAAAUAUCCUUGAUAGUGGCUAUACUGAGGAUUCUAUUGCUAAUGAAAUGAUUCAAAAUGCUGAUGAUGCUGGUGCCUCUGAGGUCAGAUUUAUGAUUGACAUGCGCAAAAAUAACUCAUUAAAAACAAGGCUACUAGAUAAAGGAAUGAAAUCGUGGCAGGGUCCUGCACUGUGGGUGUAUAAUGAUUCAACGUUUAGCGAUGAAGACUUUGAGAACAUCACUAAGAUUGGUGGAAGAACGAAAGGAAGUAAUCCAGAGCUGAUUGGAAAAUUUGGUUUAGGAUUUAAUUCAGUCUAUCACAUAACAGAUGUUCCCAGCUUCUUGUCCCGUGGGCUGGUUGGCUUUCUCGACCCACACACUAAUUUUCUCGAUAGUCAACUACGAGAUAAAAGGAAUCCAGGUAUCAGAAUCGAUUUGAAUCAAAGUAAAACAACUCUAAAAAGAUUCUGUAAUCAAUUCCAACCAUUUCACGGAAUUUUUGGGUGUAACCUAUUCGAUACUAAAAAAGUUCAGUUUGAUGGAACAUUAUUUCGUUUGCCACUGCGAACUAUGGCCAUCAAAAGUCAGAUAAGUGAUAAGCAUUUUGAAGAAGAUGAUGUUCUGCAUUUAAUGGAAAACGUUAAUAAAAAUGCUGAAAAACUACUGCUUUUUACACAACAUGUGACAAAGGUAUCAGUGUAUUAUCUUGGAAAACACAGCGAGCCGCAACAUGCUGUACAACUGUUCUCUGCGACGAAAACUCCAAAAGAAUACAUAAAAGAGAUCAAUAAUUCAAUAAAGUAUUUAGGCGACAUGGACAAGUUUAAAAUGCAGAACUGUAUUUUGCUUGAAUCGUCAAAGUUUCUAUCAAGUGGUUUGGAGCUCAAAAAUACUAGUCAUUUCCCAUCAUCAUUAACAAGAUUAAGUGUUGAACAUUGUCUGACAAAGGAGGGAGCUCUUUAUUAUCGCACUGAUUUUGCAAAAUGUACUUCAACACAAUGGUUAGUCUUCUCUUGUAUGGGCCAAUCAAACUCUUUGGAAUUAUACAAAUCUGAUACAUCAAGGUUUAAGAUUCCUUGUGGUGGAAUAGCACUACCACUUUUAUCACAACCAAUACAAGGAGAAGUUUUUUCUUUUCUGCCAUUAUCAAUUCCAACCUCCGGCAUACCAUGUCAUAUUAAUGGUAAUUUUGAAGUAUCUAAUGACCGAAGGAAUCUUUGGAGAAGGGGAACCAUAACAGGUGUCAGAGACUUAAAAUCAGAUUGGAAUGAUGCUAUUUUUGUAGACAUAAUCAAUAGAAGCUAUGUGAGUCUCUUAUCACACAAACAAGCUCAAUGUUGUCUAACAGCAUUCUCUACAUAUGACCUUUGGCCUAAUGAAUCGCAGAUUCCAGUGAAAAGUGAAUAUUUGCCUUUAUUAAAAGCAUUCUACAGAGCAAUUGUAUAUGGAAUUGAUGAUUCGGGAGAUAAGCCAUGUAUUUUUCAGAAGCACGAUAAAUGGCUAAACAUUGAUGCAAUUUUCAUCUACAAACCAUAUACUCAAGCUGUUGCUGACGAUGUAAAAGCUGUUUUACAGAGAUUCAUUUCACCUGGGAAGUAUGUGGUAGAUAUUCCUGAUAAAGUUAUAAAGGGAUUCGAACGAGCUGGUUGUGGUGAUGCGAUACACAAACGGAUGUACACGGAAGAGCGUUUUUUUGAAGAAGUUUUCUUUCCCAACAUCAACUACAUGGAAAGCGAAACGCGUGAUAAACUCACAAUGCACGUAAUUGAUAAUUACAAGCGACCAUCAUACAAAAAUCUUCUUGAAAACACUGCAUGUAUUCCAACUGGCAGUGCAUCUGAACCUCUGAAACGAGUUUCCGAUCUUGUGCACCCAUAUGGCAAAGUUUCGGACUUAUUUGAACCCGAAGAACUUCGCUUUCCAAAUAAAAAUUACCGAUGUGAUGAGACAAGGUUGGAAGUGCUGGUUAAGUUGGGAAUGGUAAAGGAUGAUCUAAGUUUGUCAGAACUUUUAGAAAGAGCCAGAGUUCUCGAAGGAUUUAAGUGUAAAAGAAAACGUAAAAUGAAUAAGAUACAGUGCUUCAUGAAAUUUCUUGAAACAAAAUCCGGAUUGAUCAAUCAGAAGUUUAUGAAUGAUAUUCGAUGCGUUAAAAUAUUACCAGUUUCAAAGAAACCUGUUAAUUUUCCUGCAGAUUUUCCAUGGUACGGAGAUGAAUGUGAUGAUUUCUUAUGCGCUGCAGAACUUCAUCCUUUUGCAUAUUCUAAUUUAGUAUGCUUUGUGAAACCCGUCGUUAAUGAACAAGUUUUUCGGUGGUGCAGAGAUGCAGAAAAUGUUAGUCGGAUUUUUAACCUAUCUAAACAAAUGCGUUCACCAUCGUGUUUAGAGGUCACACAACAACUUAGAAAACUUUCCGACAUCUCUAACGAUUAUUUAUUGGCUAAUGAAGCGAUGGUUUUAAAGAUGUGUAAUAUUAUUUAUGCUGUGCUUGAACGAGAAGUUGAUUGUAACAAAGAACUUAGUGACAAAUUGCAGACAGAUGAUUGGGCAUGGGUGUGGCACGGUGAAGGAUUCACCUGCAAGAGUUCUGUUUGUAUCAAUAAAGGAACUGUCAAUCUUAAACCGUAUUUUUACUCAGUUCACCAAAGCUUACGUUGUUACAAACAACUAUUCAUACAUUGCAAUGUACCGCAGGAACAAAGUGAAAGAUUAAGCGAUCUUAUAGGUAUUCUUUAUAAGAUUAAAAAUAAACAUGACGGAGAUAUCUCACCUCUUGCUACAGACAUUGAACGCGACCGUAAUCUUGUAAUAGAAAUUCUGACCUUUAUCAAAGGUCAUUGUAAUGAAGACAUUAUGAAAGAACGUGGUCAAGACAUUCUUAUUCCUAUUGAAUGUAAAGAAGAACUCCGCCUGGUGAGGCCUGAGGAGUGUUGCUUUUGUGAUGAUUGGUUUAAAAGUAGCUUAACUUCUGAACAUGACGAAAACCUAGUACAUCAAGACGUAACAAAUUCAAUUGCAGCAUUCUUCGGAGUAACACCCUUGAGUAGAAAAUUAUCUCACAGUUAUGAAAUUGGAAUAACACACUUUGGUCAAGAAGAAGCACUGACACAGAGGCUUCAUAAUGUUCUUGAAGACUAUCAAGAUGUAGAUAUUCCAAAAGAAAUGAUUCAGAAUGCAGACGAUGCAAUGGCUACGGAAGUGAAGUUUCUAAUUGAUCUCAGUAAAAAUUCAAGCACAAAUGGUCUAUUGGAUAUCGGAAUGAGCCUAUGUCACGGCCCUGCACUUUGUGUGUUUAAUAACGCAAUGUUUACAGAAGAUGAUUUUGAAAACAUAACAAAAUUAGGUGGACAAACUAAACGCCAAGAAAAAGAGAAAAUUGGAAACUUUGGACUGGGUUUUAACUCGGUUUACCACUUGACAGAUGUUCCCAGUUUUAUAAGUAAUGGUCGUCUAACAAUUUUUGAUCCUCAUAGGUUCCAUCUUGGUAAUCAAAUAAGAUUUGGAGCUCCUGGGAUUCAGAUAAAUUUCAACAAUGAUAAAAAAAUUUUGGAUAGGUUCCACAAUCAAUUCCGUCCAUAUGAAAAUAUAUUUGGAUGUGAUCUUCGGGGGAAUUCUUUUACAGGAACCCUUUUUCGGCUUCCUCUUCGAACGGACGAGCAAGUUCGGAAAGGCGGAAAGAUAAGCAAAAAUACAUUCAGUAAAACAAAGAUUAGAGAUCUUAUCAAAAGAUUUCUUAAGCAGGCUGGGGAGAUGCUGAUAUUUACUAAGCAUGUACAAAAAAUGAGCAUUUACCGUCGGAGUAAUUAUGAUGAACAACCAAUAUGCAUCUGUAGCGUUAUGAAAGAACCAAUUACAGAAAGCAGAAAUGGUAAUACCAGCAAAAUCAGAAUAAAUGUACAAUAUCCAAAUGGUGGUUGCCAGUAUUUUCAGUUAAAAGGUAAACAAGAAGAUUGGAUUAUUCAUACGGUUAAUGGAACUAACGAAUCUUCACAGAUAGCAAAAAGCAGUGAGGGUGUAAAGCAUGGACUAAGCACGUGUGGUGGAUUGGCAUACAAAUAUCACAGCACAGAGAUGGUUUCCGGUUUAGUGUUUUGUUUUCUGCCUUUGUCUAUUCCACCAAGUGGUCUCCCGAUACACAUAAAUGCCAAAUUUUCUGUAACAUCAGAUAGAAGAAGUCUUCGUAAAAAAGGAUCUGGAGAUGAUACAACAAUACAUUCGGAAUGGAAUAAUGCUCUUAUGAAGGAUGUGAUUGCAAGAGCUUACAUUACGUUGCUCUCUGAGCCUACACCAAGAACAAUGGUAUUUACUGAUGUCUCAACUAUUCGCAAAAAAGAUGGUUUAUUUUCACUGUGGCCAAGAACUGAUCGUGUACACACAGAUAUUCUCCAUGUUGUGCAUAGUUUCUACAAAGCUGUUGUUCACGGAAUUAACCAUGAAGCUAAAUCUAAUCUUCCACAGAUAUUUAACGUUGACCAAAAUUGGCUUACAUUUGAUGAGAUUCAUUUCUUUGAUGCAGAUUUGACAGAUUGCCAAAUUGUAACCGUUGUUACAGAUAUAAUGGUAAGACAGGGGCUUGUUAUUGUUGAUUUACCUGACUACAUCCUGAAAAGUUUCAUUGACUCUCAUUGCUUUGAUGAAAUCAUGACAAGAACGGUUUCGUUUCAACAGUUCUUUGAAGUAUACUUCUUUCCAAAAAUAUCAGAGUUUCCAGAUGAUGUUGUCAAUGUUACACUUUUGUAUUUACUGCAACAUAAUGAUUUUGAUUGGAUAGAUGACAUGUUGAAAUCCACUCCAUGCAUACCCUCAACACCUGAUGGUGCUCGGAAAAUUCCAUCGGAAUUAAUCGAUCACACUUGCCACCUAAUAGCAUCGAUGUAUCUUCCAAAUGAUGGUAAAUUUGCACUUGGCAACGAAUUCAGAACUCCCGAAAUCCUUGUGAAGUUAAGGUCAUUAGGAAUGGCACACUUAAGUAUUCCAUUGGACCAUGUUGUCGAAAGGUGCCAAUCUGUUGAGCUUCUUCAUCAAAUAUCUGACUCACACAAGUCGACGAAAAUUUGUAGAGAAAGGGCUAAUGCUAUUCUAAAGUACAUUGACUCGAUUAAAACAGAUGAUAAAGGUGUCAAAAAAGGGCUACUAGAACUACACAACAUCAAAUUCAUACCGACAGAAACUGAAUCUCCUUUACAUUACCCUGUGUUGUGGGCAAAUACAAAGGAUGUAUUCUUGUCACCAAAGUGUGUUUACAGCUCUGAGUUAAAAGAAUAUGUUGGAGCAGUUGCUCCACUAGCCAGAGAUCUGAAAUGUACUUUGUCUACAAAAAGGCUAAUAAAAAUAAAAAUCACUCCAGAUCUGACGGAUGUCAUUAAACAACUGAAACAACUCAUUUCUAUUGAUUGUAUCGACAUCACUAGGAUUCAUCAUAUGUAUAUGCUUCUUAUAACAGAAAUACAAAAACACAUAAAAACCAAGAAAGUAGCUAUAAUCAAAGAAUCGCUGCAGAAUUUACCAGUUGUCUUGUGUUCUGGAAAGUUUGUUAAAAUUGACCAAGUGUCUCUAACCUGCAAUCGGGAAUUUCAACCGUACCUCUACAAACUCCCCCCUGAAUUGAAAACCUGUGUUGAUUUUUUCAAAAUUCUUGGCCUGGAAGAAAACUUUCACCCUUCUACCUUGUUGAAUGUCAGUUAUCUUCUUCAAAGUAAAUAUGAGGAAAAGGCUCUCAGUGACAAAGAUAUGCAAGUAGCAAUUGACUUGGUUCUCACUCUGGCUGCAUGCAAAGACUUUGAUGAUGAACGACAAAUUUUGAUUCCUGAUAGUCAGAUGCGUCUUAGGCCUGUUAGUGAACUAAGUUUUUGUCUUCAUGACAGUUCAGAUGAUGACAUAAAAGGUGAGACAUUGUGCCAUAAUCUCAUUCCCCAUGAAUUGGCAGAUAAGCUAGGUGUAAAAGAUAUCCGGUUAAACAUUUUAUCAAAGAAUAGACAUAAACUUAAGUAUGGCACAAAAUUCGGCCAAGUACAAAAACUUACUAGUCGAAUCAGCGAAAUCUUAGAAGGAUAUCCAUGUGAUGAUUCAAUAUUCAAAGAACUGUUACAAAAUGCCGACGAUGCCGGUGCAGAUGAAAUCAAUUUCAUAUACGACCCGCGUCAACACCCUGAUGAAAAAGUAUUUUGUGAAUCAUGGAAACAAACACUUGGACCAGCAUUAUGUGUUUUCAACAACAAACCAUUUACUGAAAGUGAUCUGAAGGGAAUCCAAGAUCUUGGAAUUGGCAGUAAAUCAGCACAUCCAGAUAAGACAGGCCAGUAUGGCAUUGGGUUUAAUUCUGUUUAUCAUCUUACUGACUGUCCAACAUUCUUGUCCAAUGAUGACACGCUGUGUGUUUUCGACCCCCGCUGUGCAUAUAUUGACGAUGCAACUGCAGACGCGCCAGGUUCUCGAUAUGAUAUUAGUCAAGAGCUUAACAAAUUGUUUAGUGAUGCUCUUUCUUGCUUCCGUCUCGACUCUCUUCCAAACAGAGGAUGCACAAUGUUUAGAUUUCCUUUGCGUACUACUAAAAUGAGCUAUCAUGCUAAGGAUCAAGAUUCGGUCAUGAGUCGAGAGUUAUAUGAUGGGAAGAAACUGCCAUAUUUACUUGACACUUUUAAAAAUAAUGCAUUUGAUAUGCUCUUGUAUCUUAAUAAUCUGAAAAAGAUUACCAUUUCACAUAUUGAUGAGAUCAGUCACUGUAUGGAAACUGAAUAUGUAGUAGAAGCAGAACUAUCGGAGGAAGAUGAAGAAAAGAGACGCAAAUUUUACAAAUAUGUUAAAGAAUGUGCAAAUAAAUCGAAAUUAGAAGACAUUAAGAUAAAGGAGGUUACGUAUGAAAUGAAGAUUUCUGAUAGCAGAGGAAAAACUGAAGUGUGGUUGGUGAACCAACGCAUAGGAUCAAGUGAAAAUAUUCCAUUAAAACUCUCAUCGGCCUACAAUGAAGGAUAUCUCAACCUUCUACCGCGUGGAGGCGUAGCAGCACGUCUAUUGGGCUCACAGAAAAUGUGCUGUGCCUAUUGUUUUCUGCCUCUCCCAAUUUUUCCAAAACUACCCGUAAGUGUGAACGGACAUUUCAGUCUCGAUUCGACUAGGCGAAACCUUUCCAACACCUCUCAAAAUUCGGACUGGAAUUUGUACAUAAUGAGCGAAGUAAUUUCUUGUUCGUACUCACAACUACUUAGGCAUUUGAGAGACAGAAAAUUUGGACCUCUAUCCGGAUGUGAAUCUCUAAUUACAUGCAAAUCCUCUUGUCUGCAUGACAUGAUGGAAUUGUAUUGGAAUUACUUUCCAAAUUUAAGCGAUGUACAUACUGAAUGGAAGCAUUUAGCCGAGCAUGUGUUCUUGAAUGUUAUUCGUAAUCAGAUACCAUUGUUUCCAGUAGUUCGACGCACCGAUGACGUAAUUGCCUAUGAUUUGGACGACUGUACUGAUAAUGAAUACAGGUUAGAAUGGCUUCCCGCUGCUGGAGCUGCAGGAAAAAAGGUGUACUUCGAUACAGAAACAAGAACAUCAACAUUUCAAAGACAGCUUAGUGAUAAAGAAAAGAAAAAGAUACAUUUGAAAGCUAUUCUUCAACAUAUAGGUUUCACAAUUACUAGUGCACCUAAACACAUCUAUGAAGAUUUAACAACCGCAGGAAAAAUGCUUUCAACAUCUAUUGAAAAUGAGUUACAACCAAGUGAGGCUGUUAAAUGUCAACUAUAUGAGAUCGAGUUGGUUACACCUAAUACUGUUGUAUAUUUUCUGAAAACUGGCUUUAACCCAGGGACAUUACCGUGUAGCGUCUCCAUGUCACGCCUUAAAAGUGAAUCAAAUUACUUUGCGCUACUUGAAUAUGUUGACAAAGACAAACUGUUAAAAGAUGGAAAAAUUCCAUUAGAUGGUUUGCCACUACUGCUUACACAAGACUCAUGGCUACGGAAAUUUAAUUCAACAGACACAUACUUUUGUUCACGCAAGUAUGCAUUAUUGCCAAAAUGUUGGCAUGAGUUUGUGCAUCAAAGUGCACAGUCUCAUUUUUCUGAGACGUCAAUGCAGAUUAAGUGUUUAGGGAUUAACCAUCUUGUAGAAAGGCUGAACAUGAAUAUAGGCUCACAAUACAACAUAAACUAUAAGGUUACCUGGAAUCCAAACAGUGACUCAAUACCAAAUAAAGCAUGGCUUCAGAAACUUUGGGAUUUCCUUAAAGAAGAAUUUGAUAAACGUUCACUUAAUAAGCAUCAGUAUGACAACGGACAUGCUCACAUCAAAUCACUAAUGGGUAAUUGGACUGUGUUCCCGGUAAAAGUUAAAUCAGGUCCACACAAAGAGUGUCACUAUCUGAUACCAUUUUCUUCUGCUGAAUUAGUGAUACAUAGUAAUAUAGCAGAUAGCUACAUUAAGGAGGCAUUAGCUAAGAUGGAACUACCAGUUGUAGAUGAGACGAUAUUUGGAAAGGAACGGUUUUCGUACAUGGGGUCUGCUUCACAAAAUAGUAUCAUUGAUUUUAUUAAACAGUUUAUUGCCACUGCUAGCACACCUGCAAGAUUACUGACAAGUCUGGUUUCUUUAUUAGAUGAAAACGAUCAAGCUUUUGAGGUAUUGGAUAGCGAAAACAAGAAAAACAUCCUGUUAUUCUUUGUUCGCUUUAUUGGAUCAUCAUUGAACGAACAACAUAGCGAUGAUUUAAGAAAACUGCCUUGCUACCUUUCGAUUCAUAAGACAUACAUUACUUUAAGUAAUAAAAAGCAAUAUUUCGUUCUUCAUGCUUAUAUUCCAAAAGUCGAAAGAGAAAAGUGGGUAGCUGAUUCUAAAGCUGAGUUCAUUAGCGACGAUUCAUCUUUGAAUAAACUGCACGCACUUUUGGGUUUGACCAAAUCGACGGAACUGGAUGUCUACAGAGAAUUUAUACUACCUUCCUUUUGUAAAUUCACUCAUGAAGCCAGGGUAGAGCACUUGCAGCGAAUUCAAACUCUUCUGUCAUUACUGUGUGUCAAACAAAAGAGGGACAAUUUGAUUUCUAACAUGGGCCUGAAGACCACACCUCUCAUAUCCCAUAAAGACGGGCCUAUCAAACGCAUUGGUGAAUUUUAUGACAGUUCUAUUCCAUUAUUUAGAUGCAUGCUAAAACCGGAAAUGUUUCUACCUAAGCCUUUAUGUGAAUAUCACUGGAAAGAUUUCAUGAAAGAACUUGGUUUGAUAACAAAACCUACACCAAUGAAGAUACUUGAAUUCGCACGGGCAAUUGAACAAGGUAUGGUCUUGAAUGAACUUGAUCCACAGACAGAAAAAUCUAAAAUGCUUAUCAGACAUAUUUCAAACAGCGAUGAAUUGAUGAAAAAUACCAACUUAAUAAGAGAUCUCAGUGAUAUAUCAUUUUUGGCCCCACACCCAUUGCAUCAUGACCUGGUGGCACUGCAUGAACCUUAUAAGUUAUAUUCAGAUGGUAGACUUGGAAUACCAUACAAGGGUGCUUUAACUUCCUCAAAUGAACACCUAGUUUGGACAAGCGCAAAUUUGUUACCAGAAUAUGCCGUUCCUCAUAUAUAUGGAAAACGAUUGCAAUUUAAUGACUUAUUGCCGAAUUUAAAUGCAAACGUAACACCAUCUGUUGAUAAUGUUCUAGUGCACAUAAAAAAUAUAUGCACUAAUCUGAAAGAUGAAUAUGGACAGUCAAAAAGAUCAUCAGGUGGAGUGAAGUCUGUUGAAUGCCGGAAACUGUUAAAUCGCGUUCUAGAUAAUAUUUAUAGGUUUUUGUGUGAAAAAAGAGAAGAAAGUGACAAGAUUCAGAAAGAAUUAAAGAACGAGCCUAUUAUGCUAGUUGAUGAGGACCAACGUCUGAGUAAAGCUGAAUUCACAGUGAAAACAAUAAAAGCAGGACUUGUUCUGAAACCGUAUAUCUACCAGAUACCAGAAUGCUUUGUCCAAUACAUGGUGCUCUUCAGUCGCCUUGGUGCUCAGGAAAAACCUUCCAUCUGGCAGUGCUGUGAACUUCUGACGAUGAUUCACGCAGAUAUUAAGGAUGAUUCUUUUCGUGAUAAUCCAAAUUUGAAGCGUAUGGUAAAAUUUUCUGUUCGUAAGAUCUUCAAAUCCUACCUUGAAAAAGAUUGGUUAAGUGGUAGAACUACCUUGUACUUGCCAAAUCGAAGUUGCCAGCUUGUCAAGUCGAAUAGUUUAAAGUACUACGAUAAGCCAAUGUUUGAGGUUAGACUGAAGGAAGAAAAUACAAACAUUCUGAUAAAUUUUAAAGAGAUAGAAUUGAAAAAUGAUGCUACAGUCUAUAUUCAGAAGAUGCCAAGAGAACUUCAACCAUGUAAAUUCAGUAAAUCAAUUCAAGAGGCUAUGAGUUUAAUUCCAGAUGAAAAUAAAUGUUGUUUUGCUAAGGAAGGUGCAUGUAAACAGUUAAACAUCAUUCGACGUCAAAUUCAUUCUGCUGAGUUUCGUAAUGGUAUUUAUCGCCUUAUGAAACAUGAAGCAUAUCAGAACGGUGUGGAACUUCCUGAAACUGUUCUUCCUAGUGUUCCAGAAUUAACAAGAGAUCAUCUGUCAAUCCAGUGUCUUAAACGACUAGAGACACACCUGGUUGAAGCAGAUAUAAUAAUUAAAGACAGUAAAAUGGAAGAAGAUUGUUUACUUGUAGAUGCAGAAAAGACAAUUUAUAUCAGACAUCAGAGUUCAGGAGAUUAUGGCUUUCUAAAGUUAAUGUUAGCAAAUAUAAUUUCUAAACUUACUGGAGAGAUUAUAAACGAUGUUAUGACUAUACAGAUGAUGAUUUUCUGUAACUUAAAGCAAAUUCAAACAAAAUUAAGUAAGCAUAAUAUUCGGGAGUUAGAUGCAUGUACGUCAGAAAGUAUGUCUUUACCAGACUUAGGAUCUCAAUUACCAGAUUAUAUAGUUGGAUCUCUCGAUAAUGAUCCAUUUAAUGAAUUCACUCCUGGAGAAUAUGUAGUGUAUGAACUCUGUGAAGCAGGCAAUGAAGUAUACGUAUAUGCAAUGAUUUUACGACGAAUCAACGAUAAGUAUGAAAUAAAUUUUGGAAGAGAUAACAACAAAGUAGUCAGUGCAUUUGAUCUUUAUAAGUGGGUGCCCUCUAAAUCUAAUACAGAUAGAAACCAUGAUGAAGAAAUGGCUUUGCAGGCAAUGGUGGAUGUAUCAGCUAAUUCUAACAGUGAACAAUCAUCUAAAACGCAUCCUAAGAGAGCAUCUACACCACCAGUCAGUGAGAAUCUUGAAGAAACCAAGGACAAAGUGUCAGACAAUCUAGAAGAGAUUUGGAAAUUAGACACUGAGGAAAGAAAAAAAGCAGUCAAGCGAUUGUACUUAAAAUGGCAUCCAGAUAAAAAUCCUGGUCGAGAAGAGUUUUGUAGUGAAGUUUUCAAGCAUCUGAAAAAUGAAAUAGAUCGUCUAGAAAAAGGACUUCCCAGGCAGCGGACAGGUGAAGAGCCAACAGGAAAAUAUUACAAUUCAGAGGAUGCCGAUAGCUGGGAAGGAUACUACAAAGAAUGGAACCGAAGAGCUCGUAGGGAUAAAAGGAGACGAGAGCAUAGAUAUGACUAUACAUGGAGAGAAAAUUUUCGUUCUGGGGCUAGUUUCAGUUGGACUGAUACUGAUUUCUCAUUUACAAACCCGCCACCACCAAGAUCUAUGCCGGUCCAAGCAAAACUAUGGCAAAAACAAGCCCGGGAGGACCUUCGUGCAGCAGAUAACGAUAUUGAUGGGUAUCCUAGCUACGAAUGGGUGGCCUAUAAGUGUCUACGAGCAGUGGAGAAAUCAUUAAAAGCUGCUAUACUGUCAAGUAAAGGUGUUUAUGACAAAGACGAUAACAUUAGAUUGUUGUCAAUGACUGUAUCUGAUCUACCAGGAUGUCCCGAUGACAUUCGUAAGCAUGUGGAUGAGCUUUGUGCCAAUGGCAAGGACCAAAACAGAGCACAGUAUCCAGGUCGCUUUGAUGAUGAAAUACCACAUGAACUUUUUGACAGAAAUGGUGCCAUUAAAUGCAUCUCUACAGCUAAAAUAAUUUUGGAUAUGAUGGAUGAUGUAAUUGCUUUCCAGUGAACUCUUAACAUCAAUAAUUAACUGUCUGCUGAUAAAAGCAAUAACAAUUUAAUUCUUAGAAAAUUUUAAUUAGAGGAGGAAAGUGUACUUGCCGAUAGUACAAUUUAUAAAUGUAUUUCCCAUUGUAUAAAAUAUACAAAAUUCUCUUCACAAUACCCGUUAAAAUGAGUAGUAUUUUCUGCACAAAUGCAGGGCCGUGUCUAGAUAAUAUAGGCCUAGCGGCUGCAAGCGGAGUACUGUCCUCAUUUCAUGUAUGUUCUGAGGAAUAUAAACUUUAUUUUCUGCAGUCAAAAUUAAAAGUGAUCAUGAAUUUUUCAAUUUUAAUCCAUUGCUAGGCCAGUAUUUGGGAAUUAGGUUUUCGUAGUAUUGAACGAUCAAAGCUGUAAUCCAAUUGGCUCUUCCCAUGACCCCAGUUUGUUGCCACCCCCACCCGCAAUGGCAAUCUUGUAUAUGGCCCUGCAAAAAAAACAAACAUACAUCAGUAUGCACAUAGUAUAAGCCUACUCGUAAUGGACUAUUUUUUGGAUAGACAUUUCAUUACAAAUCUAUGUUCGUAGUAGAUACUAGAUUUUUAUGGAAUACUGUAUUUAGAAAACUAGGCUUAUAGUAAGAUGAUUAGAUAAAAAAGCAACAUAUUUUUAUACAUUAUAUUAAUAUAAGAGUUUCUUCUAUCUAUAUUUUGUAUCUCUAAUGAUUUAUAGAUCGUAAAGGUAGAAUAAAGACAAUAACCAAUAACUUCUAGCGUCACUGCUGAAUUGCGCAUAGAUGUGUUCCAUGACUUUUAGUAGCCGUAACGUUCAGCAACCUCGCUGUUAUAAUUAUGUAGGCCUACAAUUGUUUUGUAGGCCUAAGCAUAUGAUUAGUUUUACUAAUUUAAGGAGAGGCAUACAAGAAACAAUAUUAUAAUGCAUGAUUUGCAUGAAUUGGCACGUCCAACAUGACUUUUCGCUUAUAAAAAUAUAUUGUCGUGGCGCUUUCCAUGUACUUUCGCAUGUUCCCUAUCUCACUUAUUCCCACGCAAUUCAGUAGGGCCUGGUCUAUCAUCACAGGUUAUCGUAAAAAAACAUUUUUAUAGAAAUGCUCGUGUGCUAUUUAUUCAUUUUAACACUAUACCUUGCAUUUACAACCCUGUUUUUCCGCGCACGGCGCUUAUUUCAGAGCGGCGCUUAGCAAAAAAAAAAUUAGAUUUUGUGGCGCGUUGUUUUGAGAGCGGCGCUUAAUCGAGCAUUUAAUGCAUUCUGUACUUCCACUUGUGCUUAACGGGUAUUUACUUAACGUAGCAUGUUAUCUUGAAGAACAUACAUAACGAUUGAUAAAUGUCACUUAAACAGUUAUUUACCAUGCAUUCGUUUUAUGUUAAUAGCGUGUGCAGACCUUUAUUCUCUGGAUUAGGCAUUAUUUUGAUUAAGAAGAUAUAUAUCUAUGCACUCUAUUGUACUUAAUUCAUUUGGAAGUUGCAGUCUGCUGUUAAAUUUCAAAUAUUUAGCUGUCAGUAGUGUUUACAGUACAGUACCAUUUAAUUUAAUACUACAGUAUAAAAAUGCAUUCUUAUCUUAAUUAUUGAUAAAUGUAAAUAUAUUAUGCUUGCCAAAAAAUUGGACUGGGUCAACAUAUAAUAUGGUAGUUUAAAUUUUAGUUCCAUUUGCUUUUAAAUAUCUGAUAAAAGCAAUACGUUUAGUGAUCAUUUUUGCUUUCAAAUUAAUUUAAUUUUGAAAGAUAUUCUUAUCUUAAUGAUUGAUAAAUAAAUGUCUGAUUAAAGCAAUACGUUUGCUUUCACAAUAAUAUCAUAAUAAUGCAUAAUAAGACUUACCAAUGAUUUUUCUUUUUCACAAACUGUUUAAUGUUGGUCAUUUAUGCACCAUAUUUUAUAUAGAUUCUUUAUACUACCCCCUCACCCAACAGCGUUGAUAGUAUGUUUGAUUUGCACGUUCAUACACUCCACUUAUUUCGUUCACUGAAACAAUUGUAAAACACGCUUCUGUAUAGUUUAGGACUUAGGGUGAACUUCAUGCUUAGAACAUGGACGUAAUAAUAACUUUAUAAUAGGUCCAUUCUUAGAAGUGCCAUGGCUGUUUAAAUCAUAAACCUAUAAUAAUAAUAAUAAUAAUAAUAAUAAUAAUAGAUCCAUAUUUAAAUGAUUUAUAAAAUACCAAUGGUAUGAUAUUUGCUUUUAAUUUAAUUGUUCAAUCUUUUGAUGACUACUAUUUUUUGGUAUUUGCUGCUAAUUUGUAAUUAGCAGCAAACACGUCGUAAUUCCAAAAAUAGCGUUCUUCAUUAACAUUACACUUAAAGUAAGUUGUAUGCAAUGUUGAUUUUUUAACUGGUUAUAUUUGUCCUAGCAUAUAGUAGUUUUAAAUAGUAAUCAUGGAUCGUUUGGUAUUAAAUUUAUCUACACAUUUGUUUUACGUUUACAUUUUCUUUGCUAUAAAAUGAAAAUUCAGUCAAAGUGAUCAAAUUAAUUGAUUAUGUUUUGAAAUAUUUUAAUGAAUUAUAUGUAGUUGGUUGGAUACAAUGGACUGGUUUAAUGUUUACGUUUUAUUUGCAAUAAAAAUGUACUUCAAUUUUUAAAAAGAAAUUGUCAAAUUGAUCAAAUUAAUUAUUCAUGCAAUCGUUCAAUGCAUUGUUUUUAACAAUUAUUAUUGAAUAACUUUGUCUGCUUAUUAGGCCUAGCUUGUUUGAU